AUGUCAAGCAGUCCAUUCCCGUACACUUGCGAGCUAUGUGGCGCGGAGGGUCUCACAGACGAAGGGAUGCGGUCCCACACUCUGGAGGCCCACGUCGCGGGCCGACCAGAGUGUCCAUUUUGCGACUGUGCCGUCCCACAACCGCAGCUCGUGGGACAUGUCCAGAGGGCACACUUGCAUUAUCUCACGCCAGAGAGAGAGCUCAUGGCGUUUAUUGACGAUCAGAGUCCGAGCUUCGACGAUGACAAAAUGACAACAACAGACAGUUGUAGCUACAAUACACCAGGGUCCGUCAACGGUUGGCACUCUCCUGACACUUCUUCAUCAUUCCACAACGGAGCCAUAUCCAAAAACACCUACCAGAACGGAUACCAAGACAAGGUACAGGACAGCUACAGGAACGAGCGAGACGACGACAGGACGGGUCGUUCGCCGAAAAACAUCAAUUUAGCUAAUGGAUUGAAGAAUGUUAAUAUAAAUAAUGGGGUUAUACCUAAGAGGGUACAAAGUAGACAUAAUUCGAAUGAGGAGGUUGUGAAUGGACAUGAUAAGAAAGGGGCUCAUUCAAGCCCAAGUCACAAUAGCUACGAAGGCUCACCAAAUAAAAGUAAGUUGACAAUGGCAAGUGCGGGACAAGGCUCACCGCUUCGGUCUCAAUUGGCAUUGAAAUUGAAGCCCAAUACUCCUAAAAAAUCGGCUCCUACACCUAGUCCGACAGUGCAGUGCCUUCUGUGCGAUUUCAAGUCAACAUGUCCACGAAAACUGGAGGAACACAUAAACCGUGCACAUUUCGAUCUAACUUCGCCUUCUGUGAUGGGAAAUGCGAAUGCUAACGCUAAUAAUAGUGAGAACAACCCCACAUUGGGGCUGACGAAUCCCACAAUCACCCUGGAUAACCCAACGCUGGCGUUAAGCGCAAUGGCAAUGUCUCCGGGUCCUCACAGCUCGUCGUAUCAAUGUCCCAUUUGCGAAAUAGAAUUCACAAACUGUUCGGAUGUCGAAAUCCAUGUAAAUGUGGAACAUCGGGAUAUUUUAAGUCCUCAGAAAGCUGACCAAGUAGACAAUGCAUCGUGUGAAGAUGUGGUGAUGAUGGAAGAGAGCCCCGUUAGCAACUGUCCCGUGUGCUGCCAGCCAUUACCACAGUCCCAGCAUGAAUUGAUUCAACACAUUGAAGAGCACUUUGAACGCGGUGAAGACGGAGCAUCAUCACUUUCUGUGGCUGAGAGAGAAGCCCAAAGGAACAGAGAGGAACAUGAGUUUCAACUGUUGAGGGCUCAAUACGGCAUGGAGGACGGAGACGAAGAAGGCUACACGAACAGAGCAACAAAUAGUCUGAAACGAGCCGUGUACAGCGGAGCCCUAUCAGUAGCGGGCUACUACGAGAGAAGUGUUGGGCUCCGUAAAGCUUCAGCUUCAGGAAGCGAUGCCGGGUCUUCGAGAACUAAUGGCCUAUUGGAGAGGAUAGCCCAGCUGAAUGCGCAGAAUCCGAGCAUAGUGAAGACAUAUCUAUGCAGUGCGGUGGAUCAUUAUGCAAGUACUUACGGCGACCGUGGGUGGGGAUGCGGAUAUAGGAACAUGCAGAUGGUCCUCUCGUCGCUGGGGCGGAGCGAGCAGUACAGCGCGCUGGUGGGCGGCGCGCGCGCGGCCGACAGCGCGCCCUCCAUCCCGCGGCUGCAGGCGGCCGUGGAGGCGGCCUGGCAGCGCGGCUUCGACACGCAGGGCUCAGAACAGUUAGGAUCAAAAUUAUAUAACACUCGCAAGUGGAUCGGCGCAUGCGAGGUGGUGACUGUGCUCUCUUCACUACGUAUAAGAUGUCAGCUGAUAGAUUUUCACAAGCCAACAAGCGCCGACGGAAGUCACCCGGCCUUGUUCGACUGGGUGCUACGCUACUUCACAGAAAACCCCAACGACUUCAAAGCGCCUUUGUACCUUCAACACCAAGGUCAUUCCCGGACAAUAAUCGGUUACGAGAAACACAAAGACGGCAAGGCGACAUUGCUAGUGUUGGACCCUUCGCAUUCUCCAGCUCAGGUACGCCAAGUCCUCUGCGGGAACACAUCUGCGUGUAUGACAGCACUCCGCCUUUUGCGAAGGGGGUCGUCCGCGCUGAGAGCCAGGCAGUACCAAUUGUUAGCCGUCACCGGAGUUAUGUCUUCAGAUGAAGAAUAUGAGGCCAGUAAAGUUCUACAAUCUGUCCGCAUACCAUAGGACCGGUAUUCCUGGCGUCGCAAACGCCUUAACAUAUGUAGAGGAUUAUAGUAUACACUUCUAUUCAAGCCUAGGAGAGGCUGUAGAAUACCCAUCGAAACUUGAACCUUGAGACUUAGUCGUAAGGUUCAAUAUCAUUUUGAACAUGCCUUGGAAAUGAUAUUUCAAAUAUUGCCUUGUGAAACUUGAUAAUUUUUUUUUUUUUUUUGCAUUUUAAAUGCGUAUAUGAUUCAAUAUAAAGGCAGCAUAGAAUUCGGAAUUAUAUGAGACUAAAGAAAUUGUAACUAACGUGAGAUUCUGUGAUUAAUUUGACAACUUUAUAACGACGGCAUGUUUGCUACAAUUUAAAUAUUUGUAUUAUUCCGACUUUGAUGCUGUUUUAUAUGCUUAUUUUAAUGUUUCAAUUCAAAUAUUUUUUAGUGCAAAUAUAAGAAGUUUAUUUUUCAAUAAACACUACUUAUGAUAAAAUUUAUAUUAAAAAAAACAUGGCGCUAAGAAAUAAAACUUUUGACUUCGAAACUCUGAUUUCGAUUAACAACAUGUAAUUAACACUGUACAUGCUGUGAAAAUUCAUACAUGUACAUGUAUAGUCACGUCUAUAUCCCUUGCGGGGUAGACAGAGCCAAUUGUUUUGAAAAACUGAAAGUCCACGUUCAGCUGUUUGGCUUAAUGAUGGAAUUGAGAUUCAAAUAGUGAAAGGUUGCUAGCCCAUCGCAUAAAUAAAGAAAAUAUUUGAACUUAAUUCUCUUCGGCCACCUACGAAACUUAAAAGCAAUAUCCCAAACGUGAAGAUGCAAAAUAAAUAAAAAUAACAAAAAUAGUAUGUUCAAAAUGAUAAUUACAAUACAAAAUAAUAUUUAAAAACGUAUAGUGUAUGAAUCGCCUUACUUAAAAAUCAUUUUAAAUAUACUCGUGCAUACAAACGAAUACAUUUAUAUGUAGUUAUAACUAUAUUAUAAGCUCAAUAUGUUUAAGCUUACAUAUACUACCGAUGUUGUGUUACAUACAUACAUAUAAUAACGUCUAUCUCCCUUGCAGGGUAGACAGAGCUUGUUCCUGUUGAGUCUUGAUGUUGUUUUUAUUUUUUUUAAAGUAAAAUUUUCUUGGGUCUGGUAAUUUUGCGCCAAACACCUCCUUUCAAAAAGGCCAACAGGCUACGCUUUUGUAAUAAAAUAUACAUACAAAUACGUCCUUAUACCUUACGGAGUAGACAUGAGCGAAUAGUUUUGAAACGAAUGAAAGGUCACGCUUAGUACCUAAUAGAUCUGAGAUUCAGAUAGUAACAUGUAUAAAAAUAUAUUAAAGUUAACACAUAUGAAAAUCUAUUGCGGUUCGUUUGUGUCGGUAAAACUCGUAGAAAUGCUGGGCCGAUUUAGAUAAUUUUCUAUUUAAAAUGUCGAAAGUCCAGAGGAGAUAUAAACGAGUAUUACAAGGUUUAAAAAAUUUCAACAUUAAAAUCGUCUAUAGAAGUCUUAAGUAUUUGAUUAAAAAGUCUUAGGCCGUAUGCGCAUUCGUUUAUUUAAUGCAACAUCGGUAUUAUAUAUUAUGAAACUCAUUUUACUGUAAUCCAUUAACUUUACUACCUCACAGGUAUGAUUUGUCGAUUAAUUGUCAAUUCCCUCACAUAUAAAUGAUAUAUACAAAUUUAUUUUAUUAUAUUUGUUCAUUUUUAAUUAAAUUAAUAUGUUUAUUAAAGUAUCUGCUUCUUAUGUAAUACGAUAGGGUUUUUUUUAUCAUACAUUUAAAAUCUCAAAAUAUUUAUUUUUUGUGAAAAACAUAUUAAUAAUACAUUAAUUUGUUAACUAUGAGUGGAAUCGAUAUCUUUAUUUAAACCAGUAUUUAAUAAUUUUAACAUUAUUACAUUUCCCAAUUUAGUAUUUCCAAACAUUGACACUCACACGGUUGCUUAUUUUAUUUUUAUAUAAUAAUAUAUAUGAUUUAGUCGCGUGAACCUAAAAUUACAUUAAAAUAUGUCAUUCAUUUUACUAAGAGUUUAAAUAGCACAGUAUAAAAGGUCGUAACCUACUUAAACGAUACCGCGUCUACACAGCAUCAUGUUCCCUAUUGAAAUGUGAACACAACAAUUAUUAAGUUUCAGGGGGCUCAAUUCUCACACACACACAUACACACACAAAAACGUGCGCGCGCGCACAUAUACACUUUGUACUCUGAAAGUUUAGCUCUGUAAUUUUUUUUUAUCGUUUGUAAAUAUCUGAAAACACAGCUCCUAUUUAAUUACGACAUAUGUUCUCAUUAAUGGUGCUUUAAAAGUUAAUUCUUCUAAAUAAUUUUUUGUUCUAUACAGUGAGUAGUAUUCGACUCUUUAAGAUUGAUUCCAGAUAUUGUGCGGACUCGUGUAAAUGAGUUACGAUCUUUAAAAAGAACUUGAUAUGAAAAGUAAUGCUAAAUCUGUAGUUAAUAAAUUCAUUAUAUCCAUUUUUAUACAGUGCCGAAUCCCGCCGGGUCACAUGACCGUAGCGUAGGUUAAUUAUAUAAAAGUAUAAUACCGCUUGGAGACAUGCCUUGUAGAUUAAGAUCGAUAAUUAUUGUGGCGGCUUCGGAAAUAAUAAUACUUGCGUAAUUUACUAGCGUUGUCUCGGUGAUUUGUUCUCGCGGGAAUUUCCAAGAAAAUUCCUUAGUUGAUAUUUACUUUAGUAGCUGUGAUAUGUUUAGCGCCCUCUGUUAAGCGGAGUCGGCGGAGAGCGGAGUUCAAUUAUGUGUUAUUUAUUUUUUCCUUUAUAGGUACAUACAACUUUUAAGUCUCAGUAAAUAAAUAAAAUAAUAAAAAAAAUCGCCCUCUGCUUAUUUAAUAUUUGUUAAUAAUUUUCCGUUAGCCGCUUGAUAAUUAUCUGAGAAAUAGUUAAUACUUAGCUUACAGUUAAAUCGACGCUUACACACGAAAUAAUUUGCACGAUCACUAGUUCCUAACUGGAUUGUACGUUAAGAUGUGAACGAAUGAUGUUAUUGAAGUGAUUAUUGUUAAGUUUGAUGCUAACGCUGGGGCCACGCCCCUUUUUCGCUUUGACAAUUUCGAAGUGGUUAUUAAAAUAAAAACACAAAAAGGUUGUUGUCCAAAAAAUAUAUUCAUGGACAGAGAUCAGACUUGAGUCGCUUCGUGUUAUUGAUCUGACCUACCUGACUUUAGUACCUGUAAUUGGUUGGGCUGACCCUGGACUCUUCUCCAGGGUAGUUUACAACCUUCUUAUAUGGUUUACUAUCGUUAUAUUGAGCAUUUAUCUUAGCUUGUUUAAAAACGUGAUAAUAUUAUAAAGGCAAAGAUUUAAUCGAAUAAAAAAGACCACUUGACAAUGACAAAUAAGUCUGAAAUUGUAUCUAAUGAUGAAUGGAUUAUUUUGGUGUUGUCUUUGAUGUGUUAUAUUCAUUGACCUCAAGUAUAAUAUACGCUGGACUGUUGCUCUUAAAAUUUUUGUGCAACAUUAUCCCACUUAUCCCUGUAGGGAAAUUGACGGUUUAGAUAAAAACAAAACAUUGAGUCGAUAGCAAAAAAAAAAGUUGAAGUUUUAAAAAAAAAAUUAAACGCUUACGUACCAGUCCAGUGUAUCUUUACCUACGUAUAAAUUAUGACUGCUUCUUGGAAGCGUCAAAUUAAGUAUAAAAUAUGUGGUUUAAAAAAAUAAUCAAAUUGUAAUUAAAUUGCAUAGCUAAGUUCUAAAUAAAGGCGUGCUAGUGAAGUAACGAUUCUAAAAUAUGUUAUAUGUCUUUGUGGAUUUUUAAAUUGAAUUAUAAAUGUGAAAAUGUUACAUUUAAUAUUGUAUUUCUGUCGAUCGGAGCUUAUCUUUGUCGGAUCAAAGUUAGCAACUUCGAAAAUAUAAAUAUUACGUUUUAACUUCAAAUCCACAGGUAUAGAAUAAUUGCCCAUAGGAGUAGCUACCUCCCUAUUAUUAGUAUUUAGAGAUAUUUUUUGGUAUGUAUCGCUAAGAUGCUCAAGUUUUCAUACAAACUUAGUUUCGCUAUCCAGAAAAAUGUUACUGUAUUUCGAUUAAAUUUUGUCAUUGUGUAAAUUCACGCGUGAUUUCUACAGAAAAAAAGGUUUAAUCAACUAAAAAAAAUUGUUGUACUUAAAAUAUUUUAAUUAUUAUCAUUAAGUUAUUGAAACGAAAUUACGUAUGCCACCUCAAUAUCAACCACGAACCACGUUCGAAGUUGCUAACUUAUGUCACGAACUUUAUCAAAUCUUGUUAAUUAUGUCAAUUAUGAAGUAACAAAUUAUCUUCGUUUGUUGUGUAAUUUUAUCGUCAAAUGACCAAUCGUUGUUUUCCGCACUUAUGCACAAAAAAAAUAUACAAAAUUACGAAUUAAAAAAAAAUAUGGUUAACUAACUUUCGUAAAUUGCUCUUGAAACUAGCUGUUUGAUGACAUAGAUUCACAUGUAUUCAAUGCAAUAAAAACUGGUUUUUUUUUGUGCAUAAGUGCUUUAGUGUAAAAUGUAUUUAUUCUAAAUUUUUAUGUCAAUAUCGGUGUUUUUGCUUUGAAUGCUGGGAUCAGUGUCGAAGGGGCAGAAAACCACUAGAUAGAUUGUACUUACAUGCAAUAGAAACCAGAUUUAAGAACCUUUUAUGCUUCGUCGCACUAACCGGACAUUUCGUUUUCUUAAUAUCUAAUGAUUAUGACAAAAUUGAUACCGGUGGUCGUAAUAAGCAAAGUUGUUUUUUCGCAUUUCCCUGUUCAGUUAUAAAUAAUGAAUUAAUAUUCUAUAACAACAUUUUUUAAUAGCAAAUCGUAACAUAAUAAUAGGAUAAACACUUUUAUUUUGUAGAUAAGCUUUUAACACUUUGAAAUAUAUAAAAAUCUAGUCAAACGCCUUACAUAUAAAAUAUAAAUCAUCAAAUUGAAAAUACUAUUCUUUGGAUUGGUAGUAGGUAAACGGAAGGAGUCGCUUUAGUACAAACGCUAUUAUAUAAGAGCAGAUUCGUUGAUUGGUAUUAUUUAGUGUGUAAUUAUAGUUAUACAUGUAGUUAGCUAUGCGGCGUUACUUUUUCAAUUUAAUGCAUAAAAAUUAUUUAUUCUGAAACUAUUAUACUCAUAAUAAGAAAUAGUAUUAAUUCAGAUAUCAGUCUAAGGUAACAUUAUAUAUGUCUGGACAAUAUGUGUCGAUAAAGUAUCAGUGUUGGGUCUUUGACAUUCGUACGGUAGUUUUUACCAUACAAUAAUUGAAAUUUUCAAUGCAAUUUGAUUGCUUUGCAAAAUCUUACAGAAACCAGGUUACAAAUUGAAUAAUAAGUGAUGGAGAAGUAGCGCCGCUGUUCAAUAAACAAUUUUUAGAAUUUAAAUGCACUCAUACAUGUGAUAUUUAUAAAAAUGCGAACUUUCACAGAUUCAUGUUUAUGUAGUUACAUACAUUUAGAUUUGUUACGUGCAUUGUGACAUUUACAAUUUAAUCUAAUUUCUUUAAUCCUCCAUAUAAUUUAAAAAUCAUCGCCGACAUAAUUCGAAACAUCUAUAAAAACUAGAAUAAAUUUAACUACCUAUCUUAAAUUUUUUUUAUUAGUUUUAUGAGCAUGGAAAUAUUGUCACAUCACAAUACCUAACUUUUUAGAUAUAGCUUCAGACUGCUGAAACGCUUAUUCAAGUCUAGGCUUUAAAAGAUUUGUCUAAACCAUAGAACUCAGAUAUUUUUUAUCAAAACAAUACCUGAAAAUGUCACAAUGUAUUAACACACUAUAUAAAAAUUCGCUUAUGUUUCACAAAAAUAAAUUAUUUACUUAUACUAGAACAACCUGUGAUAGGACAAAAUAGUCGGAUCACCAAAAUGUAUGUUGAUUGCUUCAGAAAUAAAGAACACACAAUAAAUGGAUAUUCUUAAAGAUACAUAUGUUACUUAGGAAGUGCAAAAGAUUAUUAUUGAUCCAAGAUAAGCACUACAUAACAUCAAUUUAUUUUUCCGUUCUCUUUUUUUGUAAAAGUAUGAUGAAGCUACUGGCAUCUUGACAUUUUUGUUAUUUCAACAAGCAAAACCACAGUUAUACAAUGAUUGCAUGUUACGUUAGCUAAAUAAUAACAUGACUAAAUUUCAUGAUUAUAUUAUAUGGGAUAGUUUAAAACGGACGUGGAAAUCUCUGAAGCAAUCAAAUAAUCACAGUCGCCCUGCGCCGGCGCCGGUCAUGUAGCUACAACUAGGCUGUGUGACGA